AUAAAAGAAUGAUUACAAUUGUGGCUGGCAGCUCCAAGCUAAGAAAAAAAGAUUAAAUUACGAAAUUAUCAAAUACAGUUCUUCCGAGAUACAACUUUAGAUAUUUUCAAAAAUUAUGGAUUACAAAGAACUAACUCCCUAACAUAUAUUGAGUGUUCACAAUAGUAAAUCCAAAUCAGUUAUAUAAAAAAAAUUGGUUUUAGCAACCCUGUCAGCUGUUUUGAAGUUUUCGGUAAACAAUACUCCUUAGUUAUACCAGAGGUAGUACUUAAAAACAAUAACACAUCCUUUAAAUUAAACAAAUAAAAACAUGCAAAUAACAAUAAAGGUUUUGAAAGGGCAAGACUUCACCUUGGAUGUGGAGCCGACCACUUUAAUAUCCGAAAUGAAGGAAGAAAUUGAGAAAAAAUUGAGUAUACCCUUAGCCGAACAAAAACUCUUGCUUCUUGGGCGUACAUUAAGUGAUGAGAAAGCAGUAUCUGCCUAUCCAAAUUUACAUGAGGGCAGCAAGCUAAAUUUGGUUGUGAUGCGUCCACGGAUAGAAGGAUUGCGAGAGGUCAUUCAGCGUUCUUUUCGAAAAUACUACAGUGAUCAACAAGCUGACAAGUUGGUUACUGCUUUCAUGUCUGAUUUUGAAAUGAAUUUAAAACAAAUGAGUUUGGAUGACAUUGACCGAUUAUCUGAGAGUCUAGAAAGCUCUUGAAAUGUAAAAAUACUUCAGAAAAUCUUUCCCUAUUAAUAAACGAUUACAAGUUUUAUAUUUUGUAUGAAAUAAAAGAAAUAUCUUUUGUAAGAAAAGACAAAUCCU